GCGCGGGCGGCGCGGCGGGAGGUGGCGGCGGCCGGAGCGCUGCGAGGCGGGGAGAUGUCCGCCCCGUACGGCUGCCUGAUGCGGUACCUGUUCCCAGCCCUGCUGCUGCACGGGCUGGGAGAAGGUUCUGCUCUUCUUCACCCAGACAGCAGGUCCCACCCUCGGUCCUUGGAGAAGAGUGCGUGGAGGGCUUUCAAGGAGUCACAGUGUCAUCACAUGCUGAAACACCUUCACAAUGGAGCUCGGAUCACUGUGCAGAUGCCUCCCAAUAUUGAGGGCCACUGGGUCUCUACUGGCUGCGAAGUUAGAGCAGGCCCAGAGUUCGUCACAAGAUCUUACAGGUUCUACCACAAUAAUACUUUCAAGGCCUACCAGUUCUAUUAUGGUGGCAAUCGCUGCACAAACCCCAUCUACACGUUAGUCAUACGUGGCAAAAUACGCCUCCGGCAGGCUUCCUGGAUCAUCCGAGGGGGCACUGAAGCUGACUAUCAGCUACGCAACAUACAGAUCAUAUGCCACAACGAAGCAGUAGCCAAAAGAUUAAGCGAGUUGGUGAACCACACGUGUCCUGGAUUUAUCCCAGAAGAUAGCCCCUGGGAGCAGGAUGUGAGUUACGAUUUGCUGAGAGAAGAGAAUGGCUGUGAAUGCACCAAAGCUCUGAAUUUUGCCAUGCACGAACUCCAGCUGAUCCGUGUGGAGAAGCAGUACCUGCACCACAAUUUAGACCACCUUGUGGAGGAGCUAUUCCUUGGAGACAUUCACACUGAUGCUGCUCAGAGGAGGUACUAUCGGCCCUCUAGUUAUCAACCUCCCCUUCAAAAUGCCAAGAACCACGACCGCACGUGCAUCGCGUGCAGAAUCAUCUACCGGUCGGACGAGCACCACCCUCCCAUCUUGCCCCCCAAGGCGGAUCUGACCAUAGGGCUGCACGGGGAGUGGGUGAGCCAGCGCUGCGAGGUGCGACCAGAGGUUCUCUUCCUUACUCGGCACUUCAUCUUCCAUGACAACAACAACACCUGGGAGGGUCACUACUACCACUACUCUGACCCCAUCUGCAAGCACCCCACCUUCACCAUCUACGCCAAGGGACGCUACAGCCGGGGAGUCCACUCCUCCAAAGUGAUGGGUGGCACAGAGUUUGUGUUUAAAGUGAAUCACAUGAAGGUCACUCCGAUGGAUAUAUCCACAGCCUCGCUGCUCAAUGUCUUCAACGGGAACGAGUGCGGAGCACAGGGAUCCUGGCAAGUUGGGGUACAGCAAGAUGUCACCCACACGAACGGCUGCAUUGCGCUUGGCAUCCGCCUACCUCACACCGAGUACGAAAUCUUCAAAAUGGAGCAGGAUGCCCGAGGCAGGUACUUGCUGUACAACGGGCAGAGGCCGAGCGACGGGUCCAGCCCCGACCGACCGGAGAAGAGAGCCACUUCCUACCAGACGCCUCUAAUUCAGUGCGCCUCAUCAGUACCCAGGUCUGAAGAGUCACCAGAGGAGAAUAAAAUAAGGCUGUAUAGCAGCAGGGCACCGGAAAAAUAUCCCAGUGCCCCAGCUCUUGCUUUGUUGUUUAUUUGUACUGUGUCAUAUUGGGACAUUCUCAGCUAGAAGUGAAAACAACUUAUUUUUCGUGACUACAAAGCCAGGAUUCCACCAGACUGGGGGUUGUUUUUCUUCCAAAAGAAAGGGACAUUUAUUUUCUUGAUGCACUUGAAUGCCUGAGAACUGUUGUUCUUUUCCUUACUUCCCCCUUCCUCCUCGAAUCCCGAACGGCACUCGUUUGAUGUUUGUGCUUUGAACUUCAUCCAGUCUGAUCCCUGGCCUGACAUGACUGCACAAAAGUAAUUGCACUUUAGGACUGCAGACUUCUGGGGGGAGGGAGGGGGUCUCCUUUUAUUUUAUUUUUCUUUUAACUGCUGGGAUGAACAUUUAUGAUCCUGCUUCAGUUGUCUCUGCCAUCCUGCCAUUGUGGUGCUCUUCUCCCCAACGCCUGGGUUCUCAUCAGAAUGUAGCUCUGGGGAAGGGUUCGGUGUUGUGCCAGUACUGUGAUAGCAGCUUCCCCCUCUGACUUCACAGCUCUGAUGUAGAUAUGUAUAUAAGGAGGAAACCCACAAAGAUUUAUCUUGCCAUUAUCUCACAGUUCAUAAUACAAAAAGAAUCAGCAGAUCAACAGCCCUCUGUUCCAAAAGUGCUAAAUGGUUAACACGUCUAAUUAAAAAAAGAAAAAAGAAUAUUCCAAGUAAUUUACAAUCAUUAAGUUGUAAAAGUAAUCAGUGGUUUAAUAUUUUCUCAUUCAAUUUCGUUAGCUAUGUAAUUGCUUUGAGGCCUCCCUUUGUAACUAGCAAGCAGUUACAACCGAGCCCACUCAAAGCCAGCCAGCAGCAGCAUUUUUUCUAUUGGUUGCACACAGUGCAGGUAAGCUACCAGUACAAGGCUGCAGGGACAACUUCUGUUUGCAUAUUCCUGAGGCCUUACUCUGCAUACUCAGUGUGCAGUAUUUGUGUCAGCCAGGUGGACAAAGUAAAGAAGCAGGUGGGAUUAAUAUGUUCUGCAAACCUACUUAGCGGUGUAUUUUUAGUGAUGUGACCUCAUGUAGGAACAAGGAAAAGAGUUGCAGCAGCAAGCACUCCGUGGCCCUUAGGAGAGCAAGAAAGCAGCUGGAAACUGACCUGCAGAGGGAGGGACACUGGCCCAGUCUUACCAUAGGGAGAGGCAAGAGAUGCCCAAAUGCAGUCAGGUCCUCCCUUUUCUCCUUGCUGAACUGUCCCAAUACAUACCACAAUUUCAUAGAGCUUAAAUCAGUAUUGUUUGGGGAGGUCUGGGGAAACAUUGCUGGGAAAUAGGAUAGGCACAGGCCUCAGAGAGCAUUCUUCAGCAAGAGCCUGCUAAAGAAACUCAAAAGUUUCCCUCAGUGGCAAAUAUAUCCUUUUGUGCACUGACGUGAAUCGGAGCAGACUCUGGAGGCUGUAGGGGAGACAUUUAAGGCCAGCAAGGAGUUACAAGUUCAUAGAUGAACCAUGCUUCCCUGCUUUAAUGGGGAGUGAACCUUGCAGCAUUUCAGCUGUGGCUUUUACUAAUGUACACAUUUGGGUUUGCAGGAGGAGCAGGAACCUGUGUAAGAAACGUAAGGAGUAAGGUCAUAGCGUUUCUUUACAGUAUCAGCAGCUUCUAGCUGCCCCAUUCAGUACUGAGUCAGAAAAAGAGCCUUUAAUGAGUUAUUUUCAGUAUCACAGGAAAAGUAUGUUUUGAAUGAAGGUCCUUCAACUUUAUAUAGUGAGUCUUCACACUGUCUGCUAUAGCAAAAGAAUUCCUUGAAAACAUGGAUGUGAGUUUCCUCAGAUCUGGAACAAAAUCAGUUCACCUGCUUUUGAGACAGCAGGAGGAAGGGGAGAAGGAACAGUAUCAUAGACUUGCUGCCAGGUCAGAUCACAUCUUCCAUAUUUUUUCCUCAGGCAAAUGCAAAGUCACAGAAAACUCUUUAAGAGUCAGGAAUGGAGCUCAGGUUGGUUCAGUGGUCUCCAGAGAAAGUGUUCAUCCAUCCACCUUCAGAUCCUCCUUCAGCCUGCUGGAAGGAGCUGAAAGCCAACUCACCAUGGUGAAUUGAGCCCUAUGAACAGCUUUUCUUGAUGGUUUUCUGCUCCACAUAGUCAAACCUACUUGAAGAACCAGCUCUGGAUCAGUUGCUGGUAAAGGGGGCACCAGGAGGACAGUUUUAACUCAGGGGUCAAGAAGGAGAAACAAUGUCUCUGAAAGAGUAGCUAGGAACCAGGAUGGAGUUUGGUUUUCUCUAGCUAGACUUGAGUUUUGUAGUCAGCAUCCAAAUGGGUUACUGAGCUAUUACAGUCAAACAAGUCCCUUGACCAUUAGUGUAAUUUCUAACUUCUGUUUGAGACCUAGCAGCAUGAGUGAAUUCAUGUUAGUUUUUAUUAAAGAGGAUGGGUAUGGUGUGAUGUUCCUUAGAUCACAAAGGAAAGCUUCUUCUACCAAUGUUGACCAUUCCCAGGUCAGGCAGUGCUAUCUCUGAAAAAAUAUCAAUGGCUAGGAGUUGUCAGACCACAUCCAUUCCCCAUGCAAGUGCCACACACAACUCAAUCCCAGCUGAAAUCAGCAUGUGCUUGUGAUGCAGGACUGAAGCAGAGAGCAAAGGAACUGCUCCACAGCAUGAUCUUCUAUAUUCAUCAGGGAAAUCAUCUACAGGUUAGCGCUAUGUGGCUCCUCUGUAAAUUGCCUAAUGUCAGAAAUAUUUCAUCAGUUUCAAGAGAAAGCUCUGUCUAGUUCUUACCUCCAAAAGCACAUUCAUGUCUCAGCUGUUUUGAAUCACAAACUUGCCUGGGUUUUCCAAGGUUUAUGGUUAGACUACAUGCAAAUGUGACUCAAUGUACAAAUUGUAUAAUAAAUUAUCUUUUUCCCCUGCCAUUUAAAGACACUUAAAAAGGAAGUGUUUAAAAAGGUCUUCAUAAUGCAGUACAAGAAAUCUAAUUGGGGACUCCUGUAGUUCAUUUGUAGUGUUGACCAGAAACAUAAUUUUAUCAUCUGGGUUCUUAGCCUAUGCAGCACCAGCUUCCCUCCAUGUGCUUAUAUAUUUUUUAUUUUUCUGUUAGCCAAUACGAGUCAAGUUGGACAAAGCUGUAAGUCUACAGAGUGCAUAGUUUAUGUGCCAAUCCAUACUCUCUGUGAGGCUUCUCCUUGUUUACAGGCACAGAAUGAGGAGCUAAAGCUUAUCCAAUCUUUUGGUUUCAUCACACACUAAAUUAACUGCUCCACAGUACCACAUACAUUUGUGACACAAUAUAUUACAUUCAUUUUAUUUCUCCAACCUGACCUCAUAUGCUGGCAGCCAUGGCUGCUAAAGAAGUUAAGCUGGAAGUGGUUUAGCAGUGGAAAACUGAGUGAUUUGUCCCUUGCUGAAAUGCACAAGCUUUAAAAAAAUGAAACCAUUAAUGUUGGUAUCUUCAGUAAUUGCCAGUGUUACCAAGACAGGUGAAAACUUUUCCCUCAGUAAUAUCCUACUCAAGAAGCUACCUGACAGAAGAAAUGGUAACCUGAAGAAACUCUUAGGCCAAUUGGUUUAACAGGUUCUAUUUAAGAAAUAGGACAAAAGGGAUCAGAAAAGCCAAAACAAGUGUUCUUACUCUGUUUCUAUACCAUUUACAUAUUGUGCCUGCUGCCCUGGGGUAAAAUGUCAUUUCUAUUAACAGAAGUCUCUAUUUUAAGAUAUAAUGUCUAUCUUGCUUGAGUUGGAGUGUGCUUGCCUAAAGUGUAGGAUUUUAAAAGAAAAAAAAUCUUUUUAUUUUUGUAAAGCUAUAGAAGAUAUUUUUCUUCUCAACUGUGUUCCAGAUUAAACUGCUGGGGAAGUUUAAGCACUUGUUAAACUAUUGAUUGAAAUAAAAAAAAAAAGCCUAACUGAAAACUUUAA